AUGAUGGAUUCGGGAGAAAUAGAAAGGAAAUCGCCAAAAACUAAAAUCUCUGAUUUAUUCAAAUUGGUUGACAAAAAUACAGAUUCGUUCAUCGAUAAAUUGAAAGAAGCCGUGUCAAUUCCCUCAGUAGCAAAAGACCCCAAGUACCGAGCCGAUGUUGUGAAGAUGCUGAAGCUGUGCGAAGAAAAAUUAAAACGUUUGGGCUUUUUGGUGACGGUCGUCGACGGGAAUGACAAAAGCCGAAAUACCGAUUUGCCUCCAGUCAUAUUUGCCGAACUCCGGGUAAACGAGGAGUACAAGACCAUAUGUGUUUACGGAAACAUUGACUUUCUCGCGCCCGAGCCGGAUGUUCAGCCAUCGGCGUUCACGAUGACGGAGAAAGAGGGCAGAUUUUACGGUAGUGGCGUAUCGGACAACAAAGCACCACUGCUCUGUUGGUUCAAUGCAUUGAAGAUGUUCAAACUGGCUAAAAUGGACAUUCCCGUCAAUGUGAAAUUUAUCAUCGAAGCCACCUCGGAAUCUUACAGCGUCAGCUUGCUAAACGCCAUCGAGAGUAAGCGCGACUUUUUCGGCGACGUCGAGUUCAUCUGCUUGACUAUCGAUCGACGAAUCGACGACGACGUGCCUUGCCUCAAGUACGGCUAUCGCGGUCUUUGCCAUUUUUUAUUCAAUGUCAGUUGCGGCGAGAAAAAAGUGCACGGCGGCACAUACGGUGGCGCUUUUAAUCAGCCGCUCAUGGACACCGUCCAUAUAGUCAGCUCGCUCAUAAAUAAACACGGCAAAUGUGUCGUACCUGAAUUUUUGAAGGAUGUCAAGACAUUCACCGAGGAAGAUGACAAGUGGUGUAAAAAAGAGGUUUGCGACGUCGAAGCGAUCAAGAGAGAAACAGGCUUGACGUCGUUGAGUCAUAAGGGUAUAAAAUCGAGAUUGAUAACUCAUAAAACCAGAUUACCCAGUAUUUCGGUGAACUCCUUUUCCAUUAAGUCUGAAAGUGCUGACAGAGAAAAUAUCGCGUCUAUACCUAACAAAAUUGAAGCCUCUUUUGCAGUAAGAUUAGUGCCCAAUCAGAAAGCUUCAAGAGCUUUAUCACAAUUUGGGCGAUACAUAGAAAAUUUGUGGAGCCGUUACCAAAGUGCUAAUGAUUGUCAGUUUGAAAUGACAAUUGGCCUAGAUCCUUGGCAAGGCAAUCCUUCUUCAAAUCAUUACAAAGCAGCCGAAGCAGCAAUUAAAUCUGUUUACAAUGUGACACCUAAAUAUGUGACUGAAGGAAAUACCAUACCUAUUGUAUCAAUUUUGGGAGAAAAAUGCCCUGGAAGUAAUAUGGUUGUGAUGCCUAUAAGUGGUAAAAACGAUAAUCAUCAUACCAAAUGUGAAUCAAUUUCUCGAAACAAUUACAUAAAAGGGGUGAAGCUUCUAAUAGCUUAUAUGUGUGAGGUUCACGAAUUGACAUUCGUAGCUUCUAUGUAGCUU